GACCCCGCGCUCUACUUCCCGCUGUCCUGCUACGAGCGGCUGCUGGCUCCCCUGCCGCCGCACUGCAGCCUCUUCAACGCGGGCUCACGCAUACCGGAGCCGGUGCGCCUGGCGUACAGGGGCCAGUUCCGCCCGCGUGCCUCCCCCGACGACAUCUCCGCCCGCCUGCAGCGCAUGCCUCCCUCCCUGCGGACCGCGCUCAUGCCCUUCCAGCGGCAGGGCGUGGAGUUUGGGCUGGCGCGGGGCGGCCGCUGCCUGAUUGCAGACGAGAUGGGGGUGGGCAAGACGGUGCAGGCGAUUGCGCUGGCGUCGUGCUACGAGGAGGAGUGGCCGCUGCUGUGUAUCGUGCCCGCGAGUCUGCGGCUGGUGUGGGCGGAGGAGCUGGAGAAGUGGCUGCCGCACAUCAG